AUGGAUUCCGCGUUUUCCAAGAACGAAGUAAUAGGACUCGUAGUGAGGUUAACCUUAGUUUCCGCUGUUACGUUUUUAAGCAUAAAAUGGAUAAUGAACCAAGUCGAUCCCACUAAUAAAAGCAAGAAAAAAGCGCGUCAAAGGGCCGAGGAGCAGCUCAAAAGAUUAACGUCGUCAGGAAACGCUCCGCUCGUAAUAGACAAGCUAAACGACUACGAAAUGAUGAUCGCAGCGCACUUGGUGCAUCCGCAGGACAUAAAAGUCUCGUGGAACAGCAUAGCCGGCCUCGAAUGCCUGAUCCAGGAGCUCCGGGAAACCGUCAUCUUACCCAUACAACGCAAGGAACUGUUCGCCGACUCUCAACUAACAACGGCCCCGAAAGGCGUCCUGUUGCACGGGCCCCCGGGCUGCGGGAAGACCCUAAUAGCCAAGGCGACGGCCAAAGAAGCUGGUACAUGCUUCAUCAACCUCGACGUGUCCAUACUAACUGACAAAUGGUACGGCGAGAGCCAGAAACUGGCCGCCGCCGUGUUCACGUUGGCCGUGAAACUGCAGCCUUGCAUCAUCUUCAUCGACGAGAUCGAUUCGUUCCUGAGAUCUCGCACGAGCUCCGAUCACGAGGCCACGGCCAUGAUGAAGGCGCAGUUCAUGUCGCUGUGGGACGGUCUCAUCACCGAUUCGAAUUGCACCGUCAUCGUUAUGGGGGCUACCAAUCGACCGCAGGAUUUGGAUAGGGCGAUUUUGAGGCGGAUGCCGGCUACGUUUCACGUGCCCAUGCCCAACGUGGCCCAGAGGACUCAGAUCAUAAGAUUAAUCCUGGAAAACGAGCCGGUGAGUCCGGGCGUGAACGUAGAAGCCCUGGCCCGAUUGACGGACGGUUUCUCGGGCUCCGAUCUGCGGGAAUUGUGCCGGAACGCGUCGGUGUACCGGGUGAGAGAUUACCUUCGCAAUCACAUCGAAUGCGUGACGGUGGACGAGGACGAGGAGUAUCACGACGCGCUGCGCCCCAUUUCCAUGGAGGAUCUGAAGUUUUCCUUCAACAGGAUGCGCGAGGGGAAGCUGCAGUGCGGCUCGUUGCAGCUACAGACUAGAAUAGAUCUUGAUUAG